AUGUCAAAUCUCAGCAGAGCAUUCACCCGGCGCAAUAAGCGCCCGGAGGUGUCCGCACCCAUGCCGUAUCGUGGCGAAGGGCACGUGCGACUCAACUCGGCAAGCAUAAAACGCAGCAAUAUAUCUGGACCGGUCCAGCUUUUGUCUACAACCAACAUGCUAGCCUACAACGCACCUGAUAUCAACCCAGUCCAAUUAGCCGGAUCUUCAUCUGCCUCAUCACUAGGAUCGCGCGACGACUCUGACACUGCUUUCUCCCCGCAAAGCUACGCGUCUUCCAUGUCUUCACCCGACAUCUCUCACGGGUGCUCUCCAAUUGACGCAAACCCAAUGGCGUCGUAUUUCCCGAAUCGCAUGGGAACGGUGACAAGCCACACCCGCUCCUCCACCUCGUCUUCGUCAACUACGGAUGCCCCGCUGGUGCCCAAGCGGGCUCUGUCCCACACCAAGCGGUCACACCAGGAGCUCGCUCACUCGCGCUCGAUCUCUAGGAUGUCGCCACCUCCGCUGAAUGCGACGCGCAGCACACCGACCAUUCGUGCAUCGCAGGAAUUCUUCCAGGCCGAGCCGCAUCCAUUCGGCAAAGAGCUGGAGCAGGUGAACGAGGUUGCAGAGGAAUUUGGAGGCUUCAAUAUGCUCGAUGACGAAGAGCGGAUUCUCUAUUCCAAGGGGCUCAAGAAGUUCUCUGUCGAAGAUUAUCUUGUGGAAGUUGAAGAACUGUACGGCAGCAUUUUCGAGGAUACACGUGGACCUAUGUGCACGUCUUGGUUCUAA